CUGAGAAACUAUUGUUUAACAAAUGUUGCUGACACCUGCGUGUACAACGAGUGUUACAUUGUAAAGAAUAACUGGUAUACCGCCAAAGAGAGUGCCAGCAUGUGACAAAUAUAUCGCCGGUAUGAUGAACUUCGCCGACAACGUCGAACGAAAGUGCAGAGAAAUUCACUGAAGAUGGUGCCACGUGUGACCCAACUACGAGUGCAAAACUCAAUUAGAAGGUUAUUCAAGACUAGUCUGGUGUACCCGUAGAGAAAAUUACGUAGGUGAGAAACCGUUAUGGUUAGGAAAAAUAUUUUACCCGCGAAAAUUUUGGACGCGAUGCAAUCGACUAGUUUGAAUUUGCGUGCAUCGGCCGGAUCGUCGAAUCAGUACCAGUGGGAACAAUGUCCCUUCGACUUCACGAUCGAAUGUGCCGAUGGAAUUGUUCAUGCUCACGGGAGCAUCCUCAUGGCAUCAUCCGACUAUUUCAAGGCGCUCCUUUCUGGAUCCAUGGUUGAGAGCAAAUCGCGAAAGGUAUAUCUUAAACAUAUAUCGCUAGUGGACAUGACUAAAAUCAUCGAUUUCAGCUACGAACGGCCUGUUGAUCUGGAUGCCGAAAGCGCUUUGAGUCUACUGAUAACAGCAAGAUAUCUGCAAGUCCACAAGUUGUUUACAAAGUGCUUAGGGGUAGUGAAAGCUCAUCUGACCUUUAACAGCGUGCUUGAAAUACAUCGAUUUGCGAAACAGUAUUGUUUAAUCGAUCUCAGAGAAGUUGUCUUCAGUUAUAUGACAAAGAACAUUGUGUCGCUCAUGGCCAUCGAUCAGUUUCUAUACGACCUCGAUGCCAAUCUUCUACGAGCUUUGCUCGAAAGUGAUGAACUGAGUGUGCCAGACGAAGAUUUCGUGUUUAACUUUUUCAAGGCAUGGUUUAAUAGAGAUCGGGAGGCUCGAGUAGAGUACGUAAACGAAUUCAAAGAGCUAAUACGAUUUCCUUUCCUUAAAGUGGCUACCGUGGCAACCUUAGAAGAGACCUUUGGCCCGAUUAAAUUUCUGUUAGAAUUUCGAAAGGCUGAAGAGCAUCAUGAAGCAAACGUGCGACGCUGUGGGGACGCCCUCAUGGACCUCUUUCGAUUUGCGUUUCUAUCUACAACGUGUCUUGGCGUUCGUUUAAAGGAGACUCUCGGUUCAGCCAUUGGCCUAGACGAACCAGCCAAAAUUGGACGAAACCUGCAGCUGUCCGCGUUUCGACGUCGGCGGUACACUCAGACCCACUGUCAUUUUCUAUGGCAACAGGAAAAUCAUGACACUCCCCAUCCUCACCGUUUGGUCCUCACGUGCAAUGUUCUUGGAGAAUCCCAAAAGGUCCUUAUGCACGGGAAGUGGAUGCAGAUGCCGCGUCUAGAGGAUGUGGUGGCUAGCGGCCAUACCCUGUACUCCCGCACCUGUAAAUCAAUACACAGUUACAGGGCUAACAACAGCAAAAUUCAUAUAAAUGCAAAACACGAUUCCCUACUCAAGCCUGAGCAGAUAUAUAAAGUUCGAAAUGUGCAGCAGGAAUACCCGUUUCGGCUGUGUGCGACAAAAGGCGGUGUUUUGCAUAUGAUCUCAAAUCCAAGAUCACCAACUAUACAUGUACUUAAUACAACUACUGGCCAAUUUAGAAGGCUAAAGACCACCAACAGCAGGAUCGGAACACAGCCAUUCAUUAUUGACUCUGGUGAUAAACAUUUGUCCGACCAAUUCAUAUUUGACGAGUUUAACAAGUGCUUUAUCGACCCGGUAACAGGAGCUCUCGAGACGCCCUCCAAUCCACCUCUGGCUAAGGACGGCAUCCGUUGGUACUCGGCAACACAACGAGGUGACACCGUCUUUCUUUGGUACGGUUCAUAUAAGACAAAAAAUCACUUCAUGAGUGCGCUGAGCCUAUCCACUGGACAAUGGAGCGGAGUGAUCGAAGUGCGCGACCGCAAUAUCGCCCUGGGUCAUACGAACUCGUUAGUUAUUCAGGGUCGAGUCUACGCCAUAGUGAAGUUCCGUGAAUAUCACCGAUGGAGGGUCAUUAAGCGGAUUACUAUACAUAUGCUGGACGAGGAAAAUGGCGUCUUUCAACGAGUGCAGGAGCUGUCGUUCCGAAAUAGCUGUUUAGUAGGUAUGGCACCGGUCGAUGCGGCCCCUCCCUGUUCUAUGGAUACAUGGCUCUCUGCGGAGAUUCGCAAACUUCCAGACGAAACACCGAGUCAACGAGCAUUAAUUAAGCAACUAAGAGAGAUUGUAUGAUAGAAUGCUAGUACGGCCUGUGGAUAGUUCGGCAACUGUAAUUUUCGUAUUUCCAGUGAAAUUCAACGAUUAAUGUUGGAUUUAUUUGCCCCCGCACUCGUUACAGCCUUGAGUCAAACAGAAUUAAGUUAACAUUCUAAAGUUCGGAAUAAACGUGUCACUUACAUGAUUUUGUUUAAGCUCUGCUCACCUGAUUUUUAUCAAUAAUACAUCCAGUGUUCAGUGAGAAGCUUCUGUGAGUAUCCCUACUAGCAAAAGAAUAUACAAUUAUGAGUAACUGUUUGUAAAUGUCCGCCAUCCGAUCUGUGACAAAGUUUACGCAUACAGGGAAGAAUGAUGCUUUGUGAGAGGUUUUGUACCAUUGAACAAAUGUAGAUAAACCCAUAAUUACUCAUAGAAAGCACAGAAAG